UCCUUCGUCAAUCACAAAUGCUCAUUCAGAAGUGUUAGGUGGUAUGAGUCAAUCGUUCUAUUUUUAUUUCUCGUAUAGAAAUUUCUGAGUUAUCUUUGUAUGACUUAGACUAAUUUGAGAUACAUGUUAUUGAAGGUGAUAUCAGCCGUGUGGAAACUGAACCAAGGUCAGGAUUGGAUGUCCGGUGACAUCCUUAAAUGUUUCCCAACUCUGAGAGGGUCGAUGUAAUUGAGUCGACCAGAGGGAGAGGAACGGAACGACCAAGUUCUUUGCUGGUGUGCAGGAUGAAGAACAAGGCCAGGCUCAAGCGAGAAAUGAGGCUUUUAUUACCCAGACGAAGAAGCUUCGUCAGAUGAAGACGGCGGCCUUUGUUCCACACAGGCUCAAAUGUAUAAGUUAUUCACAUGUCACUACAUUUAAAAUACCGUUCGCAUCCUAUCACAAAGAGUCAAAAAAGAUAUGAACUGUUAAAAAUAAAAAAAUGACUUAAGCACAUUAAUUUGUGCUUGACGACGCUCUGAAGCUAGUAAAUUUAACGAUUGAAUUUCCUCCUUUUCAUCUAAGUAAGAACCUUCUUCUUCUUUUCUAAGACGUGAAGACGAGUCCAGAUGGUAGACAUCUCCUCUGUGGCUCUCUUCAUACCUUCACCCUGCGAAGCGCACCCAUCAUUCCGUUUUUUUUUUGCAGGGGAAAGGAGGGAUCCAUUGCUUCUCCCGUCUUUGCCGGCAAAUGCUAUGUUCAACUAUGCCCACCCUCCUCGACAAGCCCGAAACUCCAGUCAAUAAAUGAACUCCGGGAUGAACCGGAUUUGAAUACAAGAGAAGUGAAACCUCCUGCCAUAAGGAAGGGGAGAUCCGUAGUCAGAGCUCCCUCUCUCCCUGCUUUCUACGCCUUGCUAUUUUAUCAGGGAAACUCGUUCAAUCGCGUCUUUCAGUACUGGGACUAAAGUCAAGUAGUUGAGAUAAGCUAUUUGCUUUUUGUCAGGUGCCGUUAGUUAAGUUCCUUUUGUCCUAUAGGUUUGCUGGUCAGUGGAAAAAGUAAAUAAGCGAGGAGGCCUUCUCACUCAAGCUCAAGCAUUUACUUUUCUAGUUAGAGACCAACGCAACGUCUUGGGGCUAACGUGGGAUCCGCUCAAGGACCUACUGGCCCACGGAGCGGUAAAUAUCUCAUGCCCGACUGGAAAGGUUCUUUUUGGACGAUCAACUAUGCGCUUUUAAAAAAGAAAAGUCGAUAUAUAUAUUUUACCGGUUACCGGUGCUUUUUAUGCAAAAAAGAAAGGGAUUGGAUUUCCGGAAAGAAGGAACGAUAUCUUUGACAGGGUUGUAUUUUUGGUUUCAAUGGGAUGGUGUUCAAACUCCCGAAAUGCAGUCUAGACAGCGGGCCCUCCCCUUGAUGACUGAACUGACUUGGGGAAGGGUCAAUCUCUUCCGGAGUAUGCUUCACGGCCACUUAUUCGUCCUGACCAAAUAGUAUCAUCUAUCUCUCAGCCAUUCUUUUCUCCGCUAAUCACCCCUUCUCAACCAGCCCGUCCGAUCGAUCUUGUAAGAUCGGCUAAUUCAAAGGGGUUAAUCUGGUCUUCAGUUGUCUCCACAAAUCGUUUGCUUUAUCGAACAAAGCUUUAUUAGGGGGUCUUGGUUGGCCCCCUAUUUUCAACCAUUACAGCUGGCGUCGACCAGCUUUGCGAUGCGGACGGACACGAAGAAGAACGCGGGCAGCGGAAAUGCAAAAGAGAAGAGCAAAUAUUCCCGACCCAGAGCAUAUUCUUAACUCAACCACAAAUCUGUUGAAUGAAGGUAGCUUGCUUACUCUCAGCCACUAGUUAGAAGGAAAUCCCUUUACUUCGCUUAUGCCCUUAUGCAGAAAGCAAGUGAGGCGGGCUAAAAUUCCAUUCUUUGUAACGUAAGAGGAUUCGAUGUUGCACCAUCUUCAACUCUUCUCGGAAUUCGGAGUUUUUUGAGAAAAGGUCCCAUCCUUCAAUAUCAUGAUUGGGUCGACCAGGCCAGAUCAUGAGUGAAUAGAAAAUAGAAAAUGUACAUAGCUGUUCCAGCUGAAAUACUUGGAAUAAUUUUCCCACUUCUACUAGGAGUAGCCUUUUUAGUGCUAGCUGAACGUAAAGUAAUGGCUUUUGUGCAACGUCGAAAGGGUCCUGAUGUAGUGGGAUCGUUUGGAUUGUUACAACCUCUCGCAGAUGGUUUGAAAUUGAUGAUAAAAGAACCUAUUUCACCAAGUAGUGCUAAUUUCUCCCUUUUUAGAAUGGCUCCAGUGGCUACAUUUAUGUUAAGUCUGGUCGCUCGGGCCGUUGUACCUUUUGAUUAUGGUAUGGUAUUGUCAGAUCCGAACAUAGGGCUACUUUAUUUGUUUGCCAUAUCUUCGCUAGGUGUUUAUGGAAUUAUUAUAGCAGGUCGGUCUAGUAAUUAGGGGGCGGCCGUUCGGUCGCCUAUGAUACUAGGACCAAUAGGUCUAAAAUGGGUUUGUGCCGCAGGUGUUGAACGAUCUACUCUACACAGGUGUGGGCUUACAGGGCUAGGGCUCAUAAACCCUUUCUUUCAUUCAUCAAAGGGCCCUGGUCGGUCAGUCACUUUUCUGGGCCGGGAUCGAUAACGAUAAGAGUAAGUCAUAAAAAGAAAAGAUAUCUUUUUCUUCGCACCUCAGAUCAAGAGGAAGGGUAGCUUGUCAAGCUGGCCUAUAAUAUUCAUUUUUUUAUUAUUAUUCUCUAUAAUAUAGAAUAUCAUAUAAUAAUCUUCGCUGUCUUUUAACCGGCUGUUCUUCUUUGUCAACGCUACUAAGGGACCUAUAGGUUUGCCUACUUUACUUAUGAAAGAUAAUGAGAAUGGGUUAUU